GUAAAGGCUCAGUAGUCAGAGACCAGAUAGACGGAACGAUAGCGAGAUCGACUCAGAGAUCUAGAAAAUUAAAAAAAAAAGUCGACAGCUGCCGCCGCAGCCCCCUCUCCUGGCCCUCACCCGAAGCUCCAGCCCCUCUUCCCCUCCCUCUCCCCAUCUUGCGCUCUUGCUCCCUCCCUCCUCCUCUCCCCCUCCCUUCCUCUAUCCCUCCCUCCUUCUGUCCCGUCUAGCCUUCACCUCCCGCAGCAGGAGCCGUCUGCUCCUCUCGGGCUUGGGAGCUGCCCGCACUGCCCUGCUCUGCCCGACCUUGCCCUGCCCUGCCCUGCCCUGCCCAGCUCGGCCCUGCCCUGCCCUGCCAGGCCCUGGCUCGGGUCCGCUCGGCUCCUCUUUGCUCCCCGGGACCCGUGGUGCUCGCCCGCCUGCCCGGCCUGCCCGGCUCAGUUCCCGUGGGUUCGGCUCGGCUCGGCUCUGUCGGACAUUCAGUAGUCCGAGCCAGAGUCUGCCUAAGAGGCUGAGGCACAGAGAUUGGAAGGGAGGGAGGCAAGGCUGCUGCGGGCCUCGGGCCGGGCUCCGCUGGGGCCCCGAGAGGCCCCAUGGGAGCGUGAGGAGCCCCGGGCCCGGCCCGACGGACAAACGGACACAGAGAAACAGCCCAGGGCCCAGGAGCGGUGACAUCUCUGCGAAAAGUGCCCCAAUUUCAAAGAGCGAAUCGCCUUUAGACCCAGAGCUUGAGCCGGAGCCAGAGCCCAAACGGAGCGAGAGCCGCCAUGCCGCCGGGGCCCUCGCCCCCUUCUCCGCGGCUGCUGUUGUUGCUGCUGGUGACCGGGUUGCGGGCCGCAGCCGGAGGAGGGGCCGGUGGGGGAGGCUACGCGCAAGUGAAGUACGUGCAGCCCAUGGUGAAAGGACCAGCCGGGCCCCCCUUCCGGGAAGGCAAGGGCCAAUACCUGGAACUGCCACCACCAAUGCUGCCAAUGGAUCUGAAAGGGGAACCUGGACCACCUGGAAAGCCUGGCCCUCGGGGCCCUCCAGGACCUCCUGGUUACCCGGGAAAGCCAGGCACAGGCAAGCCAGGUCUGCAUGGUCAGCCAGGCCCCGCUGGCCCCCCAGGCUUCUCUAGGAUGGGUAAGCCAGGUGUCCCAGGUGUCCCAGGCAAGGUGGGCAGCAAGGGCGAGCCAGGUCCCAAAGGUGAACCAGGCCUUCGGGGGGACCAGGGCCUUCGAGGACUGCCAGGACCUCCCGGACUUCCAGGCCCAUCAGGCAUUGCUGUUACUGGCAAACCAGGCCCACAGGGCGCUCUAGGUCCACAAGGCUUUAGGGGGGAACCAGGGCCCAGAGGAGAGCCAGGACCUCGGGGGGAAAGAGGCCUCAAGGGAGAUAAUGGGGUGGGCACACCAGGCCAACCAGGUGUUCCAGGAAAUGGAGGUCCCCCUGGCCCUCCAGGACCUCCAGGUCCUAUGGGCUUGGGCAAACCUGGCCUGGAUGGCCUUCCAGGAGCCCCCGGAGACAAGGGAGCCACUGGGGCCCCUGGGGGACCAGGACAAACUGGGGAACCAGGAGCCCUGGGCCCAAGGGGUCCCCCAGGACUAGAUGGCAUUGGGGUACCUGGGGCAGUAGGUGUACCUGGGCCCCAGGGGCCUAUUGGUGCAAAGGGGGAACCUGGGAUCAGAGGCCUUCCUGGCCUGCCUGGCCCUACAGGCUAUGGAAAACCAGGGCUUCCAGGCCUCAAAGGGGAAAGAGGCCCAGCAGGGAUCCCAGGAGGACUAGGUGACACAGGUGAGCCAGGAGAGGAUGGUGAGCCAGGUGAACCAGGACCUCAGGGCCUUAUGGGCCCUCCUGGCCUUCCUGGGUCCAUGGGACUACCAGGGAGGCAUGGGCUACCUGGACCCAAAGGGGAGGCAGGACCAAGUGGACCUCCAGGGGUGCCUGGGAUCCGUGGCGAUCAGGGCCCAAGUGGUGUUGUGGGAAAACCUGGAGUUGUUGGAGAAAGGGGAUUACCUGGAGCACAGGGACCUCCAGGGCCAAGUGGGCCCAAGGGAGAACCAGGCAUCGUUGGGCUGCCCGGGGGACCAGGUGCGGCAGGAGGGCUGGGACAGAAAGGGGAGGUAGGCCUUCCAGGACAACCUGGCCUGAGAGGACCCUCAGGGAUUCCUGGGCUUCAGGGCCCAUCAGGUCCCAUCGGACCCCAGGGGCUUCCAGGCCUGAAAGGGGAACCAGGUCUUCAAGGUCCUCCCGGGGAAGGCAGAGUGGGUGAGCCAGGCUUAGCUGGACCUACAGGCCCCCCUGGCAUCCCAGGAAACCCGGGUCUCAAUGGCCCCCCAGGGCCUCCAGGGCCCCCGGGCCCCCCCGGGCCCCCAGGGGGGUUAGAUGAGAUGGGCAUCGCAGGGCUGCACUUGCCCAAUGGGGGGGUGGAGGGGGCAGUGCUGGGCAACGGCAGAGGGGCCAAACCGCAGUCUGGUCUCGGGGAGCUGUCCGUGGGUGUUGCCCCAGCUUUUACUGCUGUGCUCACUUCACCCUUCCCUGCUUCGGGGAUGCCCGUCAAGUUUGACCGGACACUGUACAACGGGCACAGUGGGUACAACCCCGCCACGGGCAUCUUCACCUGCCCCAUCGGCGGCGUCUACUACUUCGCUUACCACGUGCACGUCAAGGGCACCAGCGUGUGGGUGGCGCUGUACAAGAACAACGUGCCGGCCACCUACACCUACGACGAGUACAAGAAGGGCUACCUGGACCAGGCGUCGGGCGGGGCCGUGCUCGAGCUGCGCACCAACGACCAGGUCUGGGUGCAGAUGCCCUCGGACCAGGCCAACGGCCUCUACUCCACCGAGUACAUCCACUCGUCCUUCUCGGGCUUCCUGCUCUGCCCCACAUAACGGCCGGGGCCGCGGCCGCACCUCCCCUCCCCACACCCAUCUUUAGUCGUAGUGUUAUUUUUUAAUUAAAAGAAAAGGAUUUGAUGGUUAGAGAGAAGACACUGGGAGACGGCAGUGGCUAGAGGAGAUGGGCUUUCUUCUUCCGGCUGCCUCUGAAAGAGACUGAUCCCCAAGGAGGCUGUGCGAAGGUGGGACUGCCUGCCCUCCCCCAUUCCUCCCGGGACCGGGGCUGACCAUGGUGCCGGAUUGAAGGAAUGGCCGCUGACCAGCUUCAGAGAUGAUGAGCAUUAAUUCACACUCAGGGCCCGUGGCUCCUGGCUUCCAGGCCUUAAUUGGAAUUACUCCACUCCUGUCCCAAGGAUUGGGGGACUCAUGGGCCUCCUGUGCACGUCUUGGGGCAGAGACUCACUGACCAUUCUGCCUCUCUCCAUCCCUGGGCUUCUCUUCUGAGUGGAAGAAGGGAGGGCUUCUCACACUCAGACUGCACUGAGGAGUCAAAGAAGUUUCCCGCCCCAACCGCCCCCAGCUUCCAGUGUGGGGGGCUUCUGGCUCCAAGACAGGUUAUUCUGGAAGAGAGGAAGACAAGCCCCUAGAUACUUUUUGCCAAAGAUGCCAUGAUGGCCCAGGUAGUGUCCCUUUAGGAACAAAGUGCAAUAGGCCAAUUUUCUGUACUGCUCACCAACUGCCCCUAAGUAGUCCAAUAGAUGGGUGAAUAGGGAUGAAACUUGAGGCUGGAUCGGGCCGUCUUACAGGGCUUAAUACCGCACUCGUCUUUGCCUUCUUCAAUCUCCCACAACCCAAGCUCCUAUUGGAGGAAGGGAAGGGGAAAUGGGGAGACAGCGAUAAGGAAACAUUCACUGCCAAAGGGACUCUUAAAGCAAUAGGAAGACAAGAUACCCCAAUAUGGAGAGAAUGGAAAGGCACUUCCAAAGCCACUGCGUGGAUGGGGUGCAGUGUAUCCAAUAUUGGGAUACUGCAGUAAACCUACCUCCACCAGACCCAAAUAAAGAGUGUUUUAUGGGUAAGGCUCAGGCAUUGCAGCCCCUGCUCCUAAAGUCCUCAGGCAAAGUCAGGGGAGCUACCAGUCUGUGGUAGAUUGACUGGAAUCUAGGUAUUUAUUGGAGUCUUCAUUCCCACCUCGCUUUCCUGAACAAGAGCCAUGAAGCAAGGGGUCAGGGGCCCUCUCCCCUUUCAUUUUGAUGCUCUGCGUGAUCUUAGGGCCUAGAAAACUAAAUAGCAGAAAGACUGGAUGGUAACAGAUGUUAGUCUUGGCAGCCACCUCUGGAAAGAGGAUAGAAGGCAGUCAGGUGGUUUUCUUCUCGACUUCUCAAGGGUAUGUUCACAAAAGGGGCAGGAGAGGAGCUUUCGCUGGUUCUCCCUGCCAGAGGGCUCAUUGGAUGAUUGGCUAUAGCAUAUUCUCUUGCCACUAGUUCCAGUCUUAGCUUUGGAGUGGAGAAGGGAAGGGGACAUGAUGGGGGACAGCUAAGCCGGUGGUUACUCCAUCCCACUGUGAAAAAGGAUUUCCCUUCAAAUUGACAUCUAAAUGCCCAGCAGCCCUAUAAAAAGGGAUCUAGUGUUGAUCCCUGCAAUCGAGGGUCCUAUGCCUGACCAACCCAACCAUUUUAUUUAGACUACGUGUGAACUUUGGAAUCAUCUCUGAAACUGCCGGUGCUAGCUGCUCCAGAACACAGCGUCUGUUGUAACAAAACUACUGCCAACUUCUGCUUAUUCUCCAGGCUUUAGCUCACUCGGGGCCUUUGCUAAUCUUUGUGCAUCCCAACAUCCCUCUCCUGUCUUCUUCUCCCCACAAUCUAGGCCAUCUGAAUCCCCACCUCCUGGUGGCAGGGACAUAAAAGGAAAUCCAACUCACUCUUUGGUGCAGGGGUUGGGGAAAAGCUUGGGCGCAGAAGCUUGGGAAAAAGUCUGAGGGCUCUGAAGGAUUUUUCAUCCUUCUUGGGUUUAUCUAUUGGCAGGAAGCACCAAACCCCACUUGCUGUGUGUCAUUUAUCCCUUUCCUUUCCUGUGCCAAAGCCACUGCUCUCUUGGGCUGAAAUGGCCAGGUAGGCACUGAUCCACCCCAAAUAUGGAAUCAGGGGCAGAAGGAAGCUACCCAGCUAGGACUGCCCCCCACCACGUAUUCCUGGCCACUCAGCAGCAUGGACUUCCAGCCAGCAUGACCUUGGAUUGGUCACUUUUAGGUGCCUCCUUAAAGACUGACUCUGAUCAAGUCUGUCAAUUUUUAAACUAUGAAAAUUGCAUUACCCCUAUGCAUUUGUAUAUUCUAAUUCUUACUGUGUUUUUUAAAUGUUUAAAAUAUUUGCCUCUAGUAUUCUCAUUUCUAACCUUAUAUAUAGUGGGUUGUAGUUUUGUACAUACCUAUUCCAUGCACCGUGUCAGAGCAAAUUUGGUUAAAAAUCCAACACACUUGUGAUAAACAAAUGGGUUUCUCUUUGGACCUAAAACUACAAUACUUGAUUGUAUUGACACAUCAAUAAAAUCUAUUAAAACCGUA